GAGAAAGAGGAUGGGGCGGAGAAAUGAAGAUUCACACACUUCUGCUUAUUUCCUUUUACUUAAUUUUUCUUGUCACUUUGCUCUACAUAUUUGUUCUUUUCAGCCACAACCAAGCACAAACCUCUACCAGAUGGAAAACUCUCUGCUGUUGACUCUUAUGGUGCUCCUGCUCCUUGGUGUUCGAGAAGGAAUUACCUCCUCUACAGCAGAAAACCGCUCCCAAACCAUUUCAAUCCCAACAACCCUUAAUCUUACUGCUGCAAACACAUCCUGUGCCCAACCGACCCCAUGCAAGAACAUCACCCAAUUUAUCACUCUGCCUCCAGUUCUUGCGCUACUGAAGGUAUACUGGAAGCAGGAUAGUCCGUGUGAGGGUGAUUUGUAUCUCUUUUCUCAAAUGCAUGUGCUUCCUAUGUGCUUCACCAAUCACAUGGAAAUCAAGUGGUGGAAUGAACUGUGUAAGGACAGAAGAUGUGGAGUCUGGCAGGGCUUCAGGCCCACUAGAGAAACUAAAGGUUAUCUGCUGAUGAGUAAUAUGACAGUGAGCAAAGCUUCCUGUUCGGGUCUGUUAAUCACUUGCCAAGUUCUCUCAGCUGCUUCUGGAACAGAGUUGGCUGCAUACAAGGCAGUAACUGGCAUAUUAAUUUUCUUGAUCCUGAGUGUUAUACUGCUUCAGUUUAGCCGGCCGACAUACAAAGCCAUCCGCAAAAGAUUUUCACAAAAACGGCAGAAUCAAUGGAUCGGCCCGACUCAGAGUCAGAGUGUGUCCUAUCACAGAGGUCAAGCUGGCAGUAACCCAAACAACAAUACAUUAAAGAGGCAGUCCUUUCCUGGUUUGGAAAGGCUGACCGUAAACCCUAGCAGAGAGCCCUCAUCUAACAGAAACAGUGACUAUGACUCAUACGGUUACAACUGAAGGCCUGAACCACACAAGACCUAACCGAUCUGUACGCAGAGCUUAGACAUCAGUCUCAUCUAAUAUAGCCUUAUGCUAUAAGGUUCAGUUGGUUUUGAGCUGCCAUUCAGCAAGUCUUACGAUUUGUAAAUAUGUUUGAGAAGUACAGUUAUGGAAUUAGUUUUAGAAAAUCUAACUGUUCUCAACAACAAAAGCAAAUACUUUGUAAUGCAUAGCAGGAUAGGAUUCUAUGUAUUUUUUCGUGAUAGCUUUGCUGUGUAUAUAGAGCAGUUAUUAACUAUAGAAGGUUUUUCUACCUGAUCUGACCCUUUACAAUUACUUUCAUUGGUGUAAACUAUAGUCAGGCUUAUUCAGUCAUAUUACAGUUAAUAAUAUUUUUGCUUAAUUUAGAUGUUACCACAUGAAGCACAAUUUUUAGGUCAUCCAAAACAUUUUUACAGUGUAUUUUUGAUGUCAUUUGUAAAUUGCCAGAAACCAGUUGGGAUUUUGUUAUUGUAAGAUAUGGAAUAUCUAGAUAGACUUGAUCAAAAACCAGAUGAACUGGUGGAAAAUGUGGCUCUUUUUGUUUAUUUAUACAAGUGGUUGAUUUUGGAGUUGGUUCAUGAAAAUGUUUCAUUAAACCAUGAUUUUCAGAUUUUUAAAAGAGAAUCAUUUCCAAUUUGCUUUGUUAUUAUUUCAAGUCUUUUGAUUGUACAGUAUCAGUGAGUGAAGAUUCUGUGUAGAAUUGGAGUGAAAUGAGUUGAACACUAUAUGCUAAAGACAUCAGCAUAGUUGUGUUUGUGUUUCGAAGAGAUUUCUACUGAUUAAAGGUAUGAGGUGGCAAAGAUGGGAGCGAUUUAAAGGUGAUAUUGGAAGAGGGAAUGUGCUGUGAAUGCACAAUUUUGCAGCAAUGUGGUUUCCUGUCGUAAUGGUUUUAACUUCCUGUUCUGGUGUUAUUUCUGUUGUGCAUGCUCUAAAUAUACUGUAGACGUACUGUGCUCAUUACAUUCUUUUCAGAUUCUGUGACAAUUUUUUGUCUUUCCCUAUUUUCUCUCUCCCCACCCCCUCCUCCUCCUCCUCCUCUCUCUCUCUCUCUCUCUCUCUCUCUCUCUGACCCAGUUGAAAUUUAACUUUUUAAUACUGCUCUCACAGAUUUGGUUUUAAUAUCACAACAGCUCUGGCAGCUUAAAAUCUUAUGCCUCCUUUGACGAAGGGUAGCUAAGUGAACCUUGAAAUCCUUAGUGGUUUUAAGCCUAAAUCAGUAUUUAUGUCUGUGUUUAUGCAUGCACCAGUGUUAUUUAAAAAAAAAAAAACAUUUAAAUACUAAUUGGUAACAUUUUCGUUAACUGAAAUAAACAUUUAAAACAUAAAAUAUAAUUGGAAAACACUGAAACUACAUUUUCAUGACUCCAAAAUUAGAAAUGACCACAAAUUCAUUUCAGUUUUACU